AAGAUCUAUUUGUAUAUAUCUAUUCAAGGUCCAGUCAAUUUAUUACUAUAGACCCUUGUCCAGUCAAUGUGACCCUCGUCCAGUCAUUAUCCUUGUCCAGUCAAGUUUUUAUCAUAGACCCUUGUCCAGUCAAUGUGAUCCUCGUCCAGUCAACGUGACCCUCGUCCAGUCAAUGUGACCCUCGUCCAGUCAAUGUGAUCCUCGUCCAGUCAAUGUGACCCUCAUCCAGUCAAUUUUAUCCUUGUCCAGUCAAUGUGACCCUCGUCCAGUCAAUGUGAUCCUCGUCCAGUCAAUGUGACCCUCGUCCAGUCAUUAUCCUUGUCUAGUCAAGUUUUAAUUAUAGGAUAUAAUGGAAUAUUGGAAUGAGAAACUUCUUGCAGAUGCUCAGACUGGAAAUGUAAACAAUGUGAAAAUAUGCCUAGAGAAUAAAGCAGACAUUGAAUAUCAAUCGGAGGAUGGAUGGACAGCAUUAAUGUUGGCUGCCAUGAGAGGAUACCUGGAGGUCUGUAGACUUCUCAUUGAUACAGGAUGUAAGAUCGACACCACAUCAGAGGAUGGAUGGACAGCAUUAAUGGAGGCUGCCAGUGAAGGACACCUGGAGAUCUGUCGACUUCUCAUUGAUACAGGAUGUAAGAUCGACACCACAGAUAUGAGUGGAUACACAGCUUUACAUUGGGCUGCUCAGUAUGGAUAUCUACAGAUCACAAGAUGUCUAGUAGAACAAGGAGGUGCCAGUCCCUUGGUUAAAUCACAUCAGGGUCAGACGCCAUACGAUCUAGCAGCAGAAAAUAAAUUUCUCCAGUAUAAAGAAGUGAUGGAAUACUUACAGUCUGUCAUGUCAGAGGAAUCUUCAGGUGUGACUGCUGGUCAAGGGAUGGAAGGUGAUAUGGUUCCAACUGAAAUAAAAUUAAUGGCUGACAAAAGAUCUAUUGAUUUGUACCUCAAAUUACUUGAGUCAGGCUCUGAAAAAAAGAGAGACAUACGUUUAGUAGUAGUUGGAAAAAAAGGUGCAGGAAAGACAUCAUUGAUUAAAAGAUUGUUCUCUGAAGAGAAUACAGAUGUAACUAGUACAAAUGGAAUAGAAAUCCACACAAUAAAAUGCAAAGCAAAGGCUGAUGAUGGCAUAUGGAAUAAAUUAGAUGGAACCAAUAAAGAAACUGAAAUUCAUGCAAGACUCUUGAAACAAUACAAAGGAACAAUUGAAGCAUCAGUACAAGAAGUAACACAUGAAGUUGUUAGGGAAAACACCCUCAUAACCAUUCUGUACAAGCGUAUUGAGGAAUCAAAAGAAUCAGAGACAGUAAGCCAGCAGCCUAAAAAAAGAAAACUUCAAGUAACCACUGAAUCUCAAGUUGAACCUCCAGUAACCUCGCAGCAACGAAACCAAUCAUUAAAACAGGCAAAAAUGGAUAUUGAAACCAUGCUUAAAUCUAAUGUUGAUUUACAUGACAAAGAGGAGUAUGCCACAUUAUUGCUAUGGGAUUUUGCAGGAGAUGAAGAAUUUUACCACACACAUCAAACCUUUUUGUCCUCGGGUGCAAUUUAUCUUGUUGUAACAAAACUCAAUGAAGCUGACGACAAAAAUGCACAAGAUUUAUUCCAGUUAUGGAUGGACUCAAUCCAUUGCUACAGUAGACUGGAAGAGGACAAAAGUAAUUCUGCUGACAGCAAGACAUCAGAUGAUCUUGAUCCACCAGUAGUUAUUGUUGGUACUUGGAAAGAUGCUGUGACCUCUGAUGUAGAAGAGAUUGACGAUGCAUGCCGAGAAAACAUUUUUAAGUUUACGAAGAAUAUGUCAGAAGAUGAACUAAAACAUAUAAGGCAAGAAUACUUCAUUUCCAAUACAGAAGAUGACCCCAGUGUAUUCCAGCAAAUCCGAGAAGACAUCCUAAGCUUAGCUAGAAAAAUAAAAACGUGGAACAAAGUUUACCCCUUAAAAUUUAUUCAGCUGGAAAAACGACUUCAAGAGAAAAAGAAGGAGUUACCAAUUAUUUCCUUUCAUGAAAUUAAGCACAUCUCUACUAAUACACCUAAUCCACUAAAUGAUGAGGAACUCAGAUUGUUCCUGGAAUUUCACCAUGAGAUCAGAGCUUUAGUUUAUUUCAAAGAUCUGUCUUCUUAUAUUAUUUUAGACACACAGUGGUUGUCUGAUGCUUUUAAAUGUAUAGUCACAGCUAAGAAAUUUAGAGCUUUUAGUACUAAAAAUAGAACAAAAUGGGAUGAAUUGUAUAGCAGAGGCAAAUUACAUAGUGAGGUUUUAGACGACAUAUUUAGAAAAAGUGAAAACAUUUUUGCCAAACACAAGGAUCACAUCCUGAACGUAAUGGAGAAAUUUGAUAUCAUUAUACGUCCUAACAUAUCAGAAACUCAAAGAGACGCUGGUGAUGACAAACCUCUCUAUUAUGUACCUUGUAUGAUUAAAUCAGAACCUGAGUGUGAUAUAUACGAAAUGUUUAAUGUUACAGAAAACACAUGUAAUAAGUCCACCUGGUUAUGUUAUAAGUUUAGGUUUCUUCCACCUCAUUUAAUGAAUCAUUUAAUUGCGUCACUGUGCAGGAAAUAUAAAGUUGCAGAAGUUGUCACGAAGGAACAGAAAAGACAAAUUGCUCUCUUCAGAGAUUCAGCUGUCUUUGAGUUACAGAAAACGACAAAAUUAGCAAAAUUGCAUAUACUGAAAUGUCCGAAUUGGAUUCAAAUUCAGGUUUGGCAAUUUGAGAAAGGACGUCAAAUGUACAAAUACAUUGACGACUUUGUGACAGAGGAAAUUGUCAAGAUAAUAAGCACAAGAUUUAAGAUGUCUAAUGUGAAAUUUAAGAAAAAGUGGGAAUGUGGCCAAACAAGACCAGAGUCUGUAACAGGAUUGUUUGACUAUCCUGAAGAUCAGGAUACAAAAUAUUAUUGUGAGACAUGUAGAAUUGCACAUGAGUUCACAGGUGAAUGGUCAGAUCUACAAUAUAGAACAGUUGAUUUGUUACAGAGUUCUGCAAACGUUCCAAUAUCUAAUCCUUACACAGAAAGCUCAAGUCAAAUCCAAACUACGGUUCAAUCCACCAAGGUAUUUGUCCGGGUCCAAGCUGGUGAGAGAGUAUUUUCAAAUGCCAAUGAAGGGGCAACAGGAACAGCCAGUUCGGCAGGGUUCACAAAAGAGGAAACCAAUUUUGCAAAGAUGGGGAUGAUUGCUUUGAAUAUUCUUGCUGAUGUUUUAUAUGACCUUUUAAAACAAGAUAAACCAAAUCUACGCAUAAGGAGCGAUUGUGAUAUAACAUACUUGUACAAAGAGCACAGGAUACUUAAUAAACAUAUUCCUUCUAAUGGAUGGGGCGGUCAAUGGCAAAGAAUUCAGACUACAGAUAUAUCUAUUGGAGAUGAUAUUGAGCGCAUUAGACUUACAAGAAAUGAACUACAACACUCUCAAAUAUUUAAUCUUGAAGAUAAACGUUUUAUUGAGUUAAGUAAUAUAUUAAGUGACCUUUUAAAACGAUUUGAUCACCACAACACACCAACAAGGCUGUAUACCGAUGAGCUGAACGACAUUUUGGCUAAAACUGUUUCUGCAGAGGAUGUUAAAUCAAUUAAAAAUGAAAUAUUAGGAAUGACAAUUGAAGUUGAAAUUGAGCAUUAAAUCAAACAGUUAUUUAUACACGUCAAGGGAAAUACACGUACAUUAUACUACCAUAGCAACAGAUUUGCAGAAGACCAUACCUUUCUGGAUAGGAGGCAAGAUCUAUAAUAGAGACGUAAUUCUGUUGAUGGAGCAUGUUAAAAACAGAAUGAAACUAUCUAUUCAUAAAACUAUAGAAAAAAAUGACCAAGAUGAAAAAAGUGGACAAAACGGAAAAAUAUUGGACUAAAGUUAAAAAUUGGACCAAUAUUGGACUGUAUAAAUACUAUUUUUCAAAUGUAAUCACAUGCUGCAAAAACUUUAUGUUGAUAUUUUUAGUACAAUAUUACUUAUA